AUGGCGUCCCAAAACCACACUGGGAUCUCAGCCGCCUCGCACAGGCCCAUGCAGGGACAGAAGUUGGUCUUCCGAGUUCCGAACUACAAAUCAAAUACACCCCUAGCGUAUGAAUCUGGAGAAGCCUCCGCACGAGUGUACCAUCCCCGCAAGUCCCAUCGGAAGUCCCGUGCCGGAUGCGUGAAUUGUAAGCAACGCAGAGUCAAGUGCGAUGAAACAAAACCAAAUUGCAUUCGAUGCCAAAAACAUGGCGUUGAAUGUGACUACUCGGGCAAACCGCCCCGACCUCAAAAGCUCAAUAAUAAAGCUAUCUCUAAUAUCAUCAAAACAAACCCCGAACUUAAUACAAUCGACCUCUUGGCUUCUUCUGUUUCUUCGAUGAUGGUUUCCGACAAGCUGAGAGAAUUGCUACGUCCAACCACUUCUGACAGGUCACUGCCAAAGACACUCAGAGGCUCCUCGGCUGCAGAUCGUACUAUCCAAGCUCUACGUCAUUUCCAUCAAGGCCCAGCCUUCUCAAAUGAAAGUCCUGGCCCAGUCCGUAUUGUAAUGGGGAAAAUGGUCGAGCUGGCCUUCGAAACACCGUUUCUCAUGCACGCCAUAAUAGCAGCAGCAACAACCCAUCUCUGCACCCUUCUCCCAGAUAACAAAGCCUACCGUAUCGCCGAAGCAUACCACUGGCAACAAACAAUAAAUCAAUACUCAAUCGAAGUAUCAGCACCUCUAACCCGCCAGAACAUGGACAAGCUCUACUCCGCCUGCAUGAUGAUAAGCAUGCACUCUUUCCUCCAAGAAACCUUCAACCCACGCAGCUCCUUCGUCUUCUCCACAGACCCAACAGCCCUAACCUGGCUCCGCCUCCAAGGCGGUCUGCGCUAUCUCCUAGAACGCACGUCCCACUGGCUCCCAGAGAGUAUGUGGUGGACGGUGUUCAUGGAAUCGCGGGAUCCAAGCAUAGACUUCGAAGACAAUAGACCCGGCCGUGUGGGUCUUGAUCCGGAUCUGGCGGAUCUCUGCGGAAUUACGGAUGAUACAACUGUUGAGUCCAGCCCGUUACUUUGGCCGCUGCGUAUGCUUACGGGGCUGUUGCCGCUUGAGCGCGGGACGGUUAGUUUUCAGAAGUAUAAUACUUGGAUGGGAAGAAUUGAGAAUCCGUUUUUUGAGUGUUUGUGGAGAAAGGAGCCGCCGGCGCUGGUUUUGUUGGCUUGGUGGCUGGGGCUUAUGUGUGAUGUUGAGGAAUGGUGGGUUGAGACGAGGGCUCGUUCGGAAUGUACUGCGAUUUGUAUGUUUUUGGAGAAUAGUUCUGAUCCACUGGUCUUGAAGAUGUUGGAAUUCCCGGCGUCGUGCUGUGGGUACUUACUCGGGCAUGAGCAAGAACGAGCAGGCGUUCUGGAGCUGAACUGA